AUGACCACGUUAUUUAUGUCGCACAGUUCGCAACAAAUUAUCGACUGUUCGAUGGCAUAUGGAAAUCUAGGCUGUUCUGGGGGAUCAUUAAAAAACACACUGCAGUACCUUCAAAAAGUCGGCGGGAUCAUGCAAGGAUUCGAUUAUUCAUAUAAAGCGAAGGUACUUAGGUUGGAAUUUAUAAAUAUAGAUUUAUUUUGUUGUUAUAAUUUUAUAAAAAAUUGUUAUUACUAAAAAUUAAAAAUGAUAAAAUCUUCAAAAUAUUUCUAAAACUAUAAUUUUGGCAUAAAAAUGCUAAGAGUAGAUUUUGAAAGUCAAAAUGUCUACUAAAAUGCACAUAGAACAUUCUUAAAGGACUACACACAGAAAAUAUUUUUAUGAAAACUAACUAAAUAAUAAAAUACUAUUACACUAAAGCUCUCGUGCAAACCGCUAUCGAUAACAUUUCUCAUUGGUCGAAGAGAACUGGCUUCAAAUUUUCUCCAUCAAAAUGCAAAACAAUUCUUUUCUACCGAAAAAACAAAAUUCUUUCCCCUGCAAUUAAAAUGCAAGAUUCAAUUCUUGCACAAACCAACAGCAUCCGACUUUUAGGACUAACCUUUGACCACAAACUAAAAUAGACCGCACAUCUAAAACAGCUGAAAACAAAUUUAUAAAAAGAAUUAAAUAUAAUUAAAAUUAUAAGCCACAAAUAAUGGGGUGCAGAACGCAAAACCCUUCUCGUCCUCUUUAACUCUCUUAUACAAUCAAUACUUGACUACAGCUCCAAAAUUUACGGCUCAGGAAAUCUCUAACACUCUUAAAUUACUUAACUCUAUACAUAACGCUGAAAUCAGACUGGCUUCUGGAGCUUUCAGAACUAGCCCAAUUGAUAGCCUACUUGCGAGUCCGGCAUCCUUCCAUUGGAUUUUAGACGCAAAUACCUUUCCGAUAAUACGCAGCUAAAAAAAUUUCAACACCCUAAACCAAAAUGAAAUAAAUAGUCAUAAAACCUCCCCGAACUCAUAACUAUAAACCACUAUACGUUAAAAUAAACGACAUUCAAGAAGAAAUAUCUGUUAAUAUCAACAGCACAAAACCCAUUGAAAGUCCCUCUCCAUUUCCCCCAUGGCAUACCAACCUUAUUGAAGUCAACACUGAUCUUAAAACAUUCGAAAAAAACUUUACACCACACAGACAAAUCAUCAAUUCGUUCCACGAAAUAAUAAACUAUAACUUCAACAGUUUUUACCAAAUAUAUACAGACGCUUCUAAAUCCCCAAAUCAAACUGGUUUUGCUAUCAUACAUACGUCACAAAAUAUCUUGUUCGAACUUCCUCAAUUUACCAGCAUCUACGCAGCAGAAAUUCUAGCAAUUUUCGAAGCACUAUCAAAAUCUUCACUAUCCGUAACACACAGUGAUAUCAUAAUACUAAGUGGCUCUGUGAGUGCUAUAUUAGCUAUAUCGAACACCAACACAAAAUGCAACAUUGCCCAAAGUAUCCAGUACAAAAUACGCGCUUCCAUCAAAACUAUAAAAAUAAUGUGGAUCCCAUCACACAUCGGAAUCCCGGGCAAUGAAUUUGCUUUCAUCUUGUCUCAUAAGCAGCUAUACUCCCCAACAUCCAAAUAUACAAACAUAUACCAUACGAAAAUAUCACCGUAGUCCUUAAAAAUAAGCUCCACGCCCUAUGGCAAUCCCAAUGGGAAAAACAAACAUCAAACAAACUUCUCCAAAUAAAACCCUUCAUCUAGGCAUGGCCGGAGCCAAAAACCAAUAACUUCAACAGACAAGAUGAAGUAAUAAUUACUAUAAUUCAACAAAAUUUAAUUAUUACUAGUUUAAAUCAUAAUCAAAUUAUUAUACAAAUUUAUCGUUCAAUGAACGGUGCAAAGAAGCCAUAGAAAGUCGCAUAGAAACAAUAUUAAAAAUGAUACGAGACCUAACUUCUGAAAAUAAAGAAGAAUUUGUUAAAAACAUAAAAGAUGCAAGCAAAAUAAUAAGGUAGGAAAAAAGAACAGCCGAAAAAUGUCUUACUCAAAAAAUAAAAGAACUUAGGCUCAAUCAAAGGUUGUUCUUCAAAAAUGCAGAUCGAUAAAUGAAGGUUUUAAGGCUCAAACUCGUACGGUCAAGGACCACGAUGGAAACCUGAUAACGAAUGAGAAGGUAUCAUCCAGAAGUUUUAAGCACAUUUUAAAAACAUUCUAAAUGUCGAACAAAAAAUAAGGGAGAAAAAUGUAAGUAUUAUAUAUCAUAAUGGCACAUGCUCUCCUAGAGCAAACUAACCGUGAGGAGGUAGAUAAUAUAAUCGCGACCUUAAAAAACAACAAAGCCCCCGGUGAAGAUAAUAUCAACUCUGAGCUAUUAAAGUUCGGUACUCAACAACUUGUGACCAAAAUUCACGAGCUACUUAAAGAAAUAUGGGAUGCUAAUCUAAUAUUUGGAGAUUGGAAAACAGCCGAAAUCUUUCGCAGGUUCAAAAAAGGCGACCCUUUGGAUACAAGCAAUUACCGGUGGAUUGCGCUUCUAGACAUAUGCUACACAAUCCUAUCCCUGGCAUUAUUACGCAGGUUGGAGGUAUACUCUAGAGACUUAAUAGGAGACUAUCAAAGUUGUUAUUUGAGAGGGAAGUCCACCUCUAACCAUAUUUUCANGGGUUACGAUAGCAUAGUUCGAAAUGAACUGUGGGCGGCCAUAGAAGAAUUUUGAAUCCCGAAGAAACUUAUCGAUCUCAUAUAAGCUUGCAACACGCAUACAGUGUGCAAUGUGAAAUGAAACUGAGUGGACAGACCUUGUAUGGAAUUCAAAUAGAAUUCUAAAGAAAGCACUGGAAGGAUAAGUCAAUGGAAAUAGACCUAGGGGCCGCCAUAGACAGGGUUAGCGAAGAUUUAAAGCAACUAUAAAUAACGGGUAACUGAGGCACGGCAUUAACAUAUAUAAAUCGCCCAAAACAUCGUCUGAUCAAACAAGUCCACCACGAUUAAAUCAGAGCAAUUUUUCGAUACAUCUGUAUUUUGUUAUUUGGACUUGUACAAUUAUUUUGAAUUUUAAUUUUUGGAUUUUAGUGAAUUUUGUUGUUUUUAAUUAUUUGGAUUUGGUGUAUUUUUAAAGAUUUAUUUUAAAUGAAAUUGUGUUUUACAUUGGAAAUAUUAAUUUUAAGUUAUAAAUCGAGUUGGAGUUCAAUAAUUUUAACAUUUUCCUCAAAUUCACUAUUCUUAAGUUGGGUCUGUUACAAAAUUGGCGCAGUCAGUAGGAUUUGUGCAUAAAGUACGAAAUCCGUAUUAAUUUGAAAUUUCACCAGAAAACCAACAGAGGAAAUUAACACAGCAGGAUCAAACAACGCAACCGCCUUUUAUAAGUUUAUGUCAUGCAUGGAAAGAUACAGAAGAAAUUUUGUAAACCUAGGGAAAAUUAAUGAUUUAUUGAUAUAAUUGAGAAUCUAUGAAUCCAGAUAAAAAGGAAUAUGUGGUAAAGAGAAAUCGUCUGCCUUGGAAUUAGUUACACUAUUGAAAAAUAAACAAAAAUGGUCAAUUAAUAAAUUCAGAAGAAGCAAAGUGUGAAUUAAAAAGUAAAGAAUUAAUGUUUAAAGUAAAUGAUAAGAAUUGAAUAAAUAAGAAUUAAAUGACCAAAGAAAAAUUAAAGAGAACAUAAGAGAAUUAAAUGUCCAAAAUGAAAGUGAUAAAGAAUGACCACUAGAUUCAGAAUCUUAGAGAAAAAUAAUUACUUGUAGUCAGUUAACAAAACAGAACAUACCCAGUUAGAAUUUGAGUAAAUGUGAAUCGAAAAGAUAUGAUAUGAUCGUGUAAAAAUAAUAUUAGAUAAUAUAUAGUGUAGUAACAGUGAAUAAUAUAGCCUAGUGCACUAUUAUAACACUGCUCUGCGUGUUAUUAUAAUAUUAUACACGACAUUAUUUUUGUAUUUUUCACAUAAAACGUUGGUAGAUAAAAGUUUGAUAAGUUAUUUAUAGAUUUCACUACCAAUAUGCCUAUAUAAUAUACAACGGCAGCGCACUUGCAUUAUACAAUUUUAUUUUCCAGUUUUCUAACAUAAUAUUUAUAAUUUUUAAUAAUUGACAAUACACAUGGUAAUUUAAUUUAAAUACUUAUGUUUGUGGCUCUUUCCCAAUUUCUUCCCAAGCAGUUUGUCGUAUAUGCUGAUCACGAUAAUCAUGUGAGCCAUGAUUAUAUAGAAAUUCAUGCUCUCUAACUUUUUCAAUUAAUUGUUCGUUCAUUUCGAAUACAGAAAUACUGAACUCCGAAAAAAUGUAUGUUAACGUGACAUUUCGUGAAUCGGAAAUGUGUGAGAUUAUUACUCCCGUAAAAUAAUGUACAGAGUAAUCGGCAGCGGCGAAAUUAUGACGUCUCGCUUAUUUUUCAAAUGACAACCGCAGGGUAAAUAAUAGUUGUAAUUAUUUUUUAAUGGUAUCUCUGUUUUGAUUUAACUUGACACUAUAUUUUAUGAUAGUCUUAUUUUUUUUAGAGUUGGACCUUUAACAUUAACUCAAUUUUUUUUCAAUAUACCUGUUUAUAUUCCUAUAGCUUUAUUGUGGGGAGUUUAUAGAAAUUUUAAUGGGUAUGUUCAAAGCUAAAAAAUUAAUCUUAAAACAUGUGAAAAUUCUGAUUGAAAUCACCACCACCUUUAUCAAUUAAAUUCACCUAUAAAAAAUUUCCAAAUUUGAGCGCAGAAAAUGUACUUACUUUAGGAAAAUUGUUCUAACAAUAUUAUAUUUUCAGAAAACAUUGUGCCACUUCAAAAAAUAUAAAGCUAUGGCUCAAGUUACAAAAAUUUCAAUCUUGCCACCAUAUGAUGAACACAUAUUAAAAGCAGCUGUAGCACUCAUAGGACCAAUAAGCGUAUCUAUAAACGCUAGCCCAAAAACAUUUCAAUUGUAUUCGUAAGUAUAGUAUUAAAACAAUUUGCUUAUUCGUAGGUUUCAAAUAUGUUCUAAAAUACUUAACCAACUACCCUUGGUUAUACAAAUCUGAUAAUUUGAUUACACGUUAUGUAUCUUGAUAAUUUAUAAUUUUGUUUUAAUUAUCAUCAUCAUUAUCAUAUUAUUAUUACUCACAUUAUCACAUCAUAUUAUUUACCAUUUCAAAAGUUUAAAAUAAAAUAAUUAGAAAAAUAAAAAAUUAAUUUUUGACAUUCGUUCAAACAAUUAAGUUAAAAAAUAUUUAAAAUAAAAACAUUUUAAAAUAUUUAAAUAUGUGACCAAUAAAUAGUUCCCACUUGUGUAAUUAUGUCGGAGCUUAUUAUUUCGCUGCCUUCAUCUAUCUCGUCACCAUUCAUUUCACUGUAGUUCUUUUAGCUGCCAUUCAUUUCGCCGCCAUCGUUUAGCCACGAGAUGUUUUUUUUUCGUUUGAAACUUAUACCGGGUCUACACAGAGAUGACAAAAUUAAAACAAAAUAGAAACUCUAUGUUUUUCGACAAAAUAAAUCAUUUUCAAACCAAUUGUGUUUUUUCCAACAAAUUGUUUGUGUUUUUAAUAACAAAAUCAUGUCCCGAGCGGUGUCGGUAAAUAUUAAAAAGUUUUAGUUUUGUUAUUGUUUUUAUGAACAUUGUCGAACGUGUGUGACAAUGUUUUUAAAACGACCAACAGACAAUAGUUAUCGAAAUUUCGCGAACAAUACCAAUUUGGUUAUUUAUAAAAAUAUAUUUAUUAUAUACGAGGUCUAAUCAAAAAUUAUCGAAACUGAUAAGAUAAAUCGUAAACCGGUUUGAGUAUGAACUUGCACGUGCUAUAUUAAUCAAACUUUGUAUGUUGGGAAAAUAUAUUAGGCAUAAAUUAGAUUAAAAUUGUCUCAGUCGGCUUCUAGGUGCGAUUAAGUAAAGUGUGUUUUUACGUCCUGUCAGAUUUCAUUAUGAGCGAAAAUAUUGAACAACGAGUGUGCAUUAAAUUUUGCCAUAAACUGGGAUAAACGGCUACUGAAACCUACCAAAUGUUAUUGUUAGCUUAUGGAGAUGAAACCAUGUCCCGUAUUCGCGUUUUUGAAUAGUUAAAAUGAUUUAAAGAGGAUAGAACAACUGUUAAAAGUGAUAAACGUGAAGGACGCCCGUUAACAAGCCGCAACGAGGAAAUGGUUCAAAAAAUAUGAACAGCAAUACGAGGUAACCGUCGUUUGACAAUUAUGGAACUUAAUAAUGAGUUUCAAAUCUCAUUCGGAUCAGUUUAAACCAUAUUGACGACUGAUUUAGAUAUGAGAAGAGUUGCUGCCAAAUUUGUUCCAAAACUGCUCUCAGAUGAGCAAAAAGAAAACCGAAAAGAGAUCGCCAUUGAUUUGCUAGAGUGUUCCGAAUCUGAUAAUUUUUUUUUAAAAUCAAUUAUAACUGGUGACGAGACUUGGGUAUAUGGCUACAAUCCAGAAACAAAGGUACAAUCUUCGCAGUGGAAGACACCUGAUUCACCACGACCCAAAAAAGCUCGUCAAGUUCGGAGUCAAGUGAAGGUUAUGUUGACUGUUUUUUCGACUACCAAGGUGUUGUUCAUCAUGAGUAUGCUCCAAAAGGACAGANAAAAAGACCUGAGAGUCUGGUAGUUGAAAAUUGCAUCACGAUAAUGCACCAGCCCAUUCAGCCCAUAUUGUGCAGCAGUUUUUGGCCAAACAUGAUAUCCCAGUUGUUUCUCAACCCCCCUAUUCACCAGACCUAGCUCCAUGUGAUUUUUUUUUAUUCCCAAAGAUAAAAAUAGCACUUAAGGGUAAACGUUUUCAAGAUGUAGAUGAAAUAAAACAAAAUGCGACGGAGCAGCUGCGAGGAGUUUCUAAAACUGACUUCCAGAGGUGUUUUCAAAAAUGGCAGGAACGUUGGAGAACAUGUAUAGACUCAGAUGGAGCAUAUUUUGAAGGAGAUUGAAUGUAAAUAUCUUUAUCUAAUAAAUAUGUAUAUUUUUUAUUAACAGUCUCGAUACUUUUCGAUUAGACCUCGUAAUUAUAAAUUCGUUGUCUACCAUUUAGUAUCAAUUGGUCUGUCCUACUGUUGACGUACACGACACGUGUGUGUUUGAUUUCAUUAUUCAAAAAUAAAGUAAUUAGUUUUAUUUUGUUUAAUUUCAACUAUUCGAUGCAAUUAGGUACAGAUAAAAAAUGAUAAGAAAACUUAUAAGUUGAAGUUUUCAGAGAGUUAGAACUCGGAAGACAUACCGAAUGACCACGAAUAAACGAAAUAAAACGACGAAUUCAUUUUUCUGUAUGGAUAGUCUUAGAAGAUAAGAUCGAACAACUUUCUACCCUUAUGCUUAUUACAAUAUUUUUUUCAUUUAAUGGUGGAAAAGAGGUUUCCUGUAUUGCCACAAAAGCGCUGCUGGGCCGACUUAUUUUGAGGUUAAGAACAGCCCGUCAAAUGAAUUAUUUAAAUUACUAAGAUUGGAUUAUUCUAUUAUAAUAUUAUUGUUUUAUUUAUGUUGUAUCGAUUUAUGUCAAUAAUCGAUAAUUCUAACAUAAUUGAUAUAAACAUUGCAAACUGCGCAUUACGACAUUAGACAAGUCUUGAUUCUUCAUCGCCUAGCCUAAACUACAUAAAUAGCUAUUGUUGUAGGAAUCCGCUAAGAAAAAAUUAUCAAAAAUUCAAACCUUAUAUGGAAGAGUAAAAUAUAAGAUUUAAGGUAAUUUGGUACGAAUAUUUAAUUGCUUAUUUAUUUAUUUAUGUUUAUUCAAGGGUUACCUUAAUUUUACAGAAAAUACAAUUAUUAUAAUUGCUAUUAUUUACAUCAUUAAAAUUUUUACAAUUGAAAACAUUUAGUCCUCCAAUGGUGUACCCACUUUCCAUCUAUUUGUUUUCAUUUAAUUCUGACACGGUCAAAAUCUAAAAGAUCGCUGUAUACUAAUUCUGUCCCAAUACCUGAACGGAGAGAAAAAAUGUUUUAAUGUUAAAUGAUUCUUAUUGUUUAUAUCAACGACAAUGGUUAUUAGAUUAACAAAUUGGUUUACAUUAUUGGAAGUUAUUAUUUACAUUGUAUAAGUUUGUACAUUUUUAUUUUUUUGAGGUUGGUAGUAAUGUUUUUGACGUCUGAUACUGGCAAAAUGACAAAUGAAGUUGGUAAUUGGUCAAUGAUAUUUUGGAUAUCUGUGAAACCGAAGUCUUGUAAAUUAGGUAUCUAAAUAUUGCAAAUGGUUAGUUUUUAUUUGGUAGAAAUCCUUACUGCAAUAGCUUCUAGAUUAGAAGUUAAGUUUGUUCUGUGGGAUAUUGUACGUUAACAAAAGUGGCUACUACUCCAUUAGCUCUGACUGCAUUUGUUCUAUUUUUGAAAAAUGUUUUAUAAUUUUUUAGAGACCUUGAUUUGUUAUUAAUAAAAUUAGUUUCUUGUAUACACAGGACUAUUGGAGAAAGUUUAUUUAUGUUGAGUUUUAUUUAAUAAAUUAUCGAAUAGAAUCCGUUUGGAUUCCAUUGGAUGAUAUGGUAUUUGUUUAUAUUCAUAUUGUUGUUAGUGUUAUUAAAUUUAACUAUUGUUAUAUGUUUUAACUAGUGAGUUGCAAUUUUCUGAAUAGGUUGAUUAAACAUUAAAACAUUAUUAAGUAGGGGCAAAAUUUGGAAUAGUAGAUUAGACAGUUUGGUUUUAAUACUGCUAUCUAUGAGUUUAAGAUGAAGAGUUUCUAUAAAUAAUUGUAGAUUUGCUACAUUAAUUCCAGUAAUUCCAAAAACUCACAGUAUAUUAAUGUUGAUGUUUUUAAUUGAUACCGAUUCUAAGAUGUAUUAUUAUGGUUGAUUGGUGAGUCAGAAGUGACAUGUAUCCAUGUGCAUGUAUCCAGUGUAGGAUACAGUUGUUCAUCGUUGACCAACGUUGAGAAACCUAAAUUCAAGUGGAAUUUUUAAUUUAAAUUUGUUCAAAUGGAUUUACUAUUUUUUUUUCUCUUGGGUUAGAUGAUGAUAGUCCCACUAAUCCUGCUGCCCCUGAAAUUCUGAACUAUUUAAAGUUUUGAAUAGCUCCUUGGCUUGUUUCUUUGUAAAAUAUGUAGGCGUUUACAGAUUAAACAUCCAUGAAAUGGAAAAAAUUCUGUGCUACCAUCUGUGCUUUCCUAUCUAACUUUUAAUAUGAUUUCAACAUGUUAGUAUAAUCCAUAUGACCAAUAUGUUUAUUAUAAUCUUUUACAGCAACAGGACAAGUUAAAAUGUUAGAUGAUUCGUCAUGGUUUUAGAUUCCGAGUGUAACGAGGGAACUAUUGGUUUAACUAAGAUGUUUAUUUAUUUUUUAUUUUUUCUUCUUCUUCUAGUCUGUGGGCACGUUUUUUCCCAGUGAACAUGCUCCGUUUUUUACGUGUAACAAUUUCUCUAAAAGCUCAAGUUGUCUAGAUGGUGCAUUAAAAAAAUUAUUUUUAUAUUUUUGGUGCUAUUUUUUAAAUAAAACCACUUAAGUGCAAAAAAACUUAGGAAAACUUACAAUUUCAUGAUUUAUUAUUUUAUAAAAACAUGGACGACCUUUUCUAUCAGAUGAAAUGAUUUAAUCGAAAAAUCACAAGACAUCUUUUUUGUUGCCUCUUUGUUUUACUUUCUUACGGUCUCGAAGAAAGAAAGAAAGAAAGGAAAUGAAGAAAUAAGCAGCAUAGUUAGAAUAGUUAGCAUAGAAGACAUUCAAAGGAGAUAAGAUCGAAUGGCUAGAUGUAACGAGUAUUCGGAUAUGAAAACUUUGACAUUAAAGAGGAAAGAGUGGAAGUUAAUCUUUUCGUUAUGAUAAGACCUAGCAUUUAGAAAAGUACAAGCUUUUUUUGGGGUAUUUGUAGACAUUUUAACUGUGGCAGUUUUUAGUGUAAUUUGUAUUCAGUUAGAUUAGGUAAGUAUUCUGUAGAUAUUAUUUAUUGCUAGACCAAAAAUGCUUGGAGAUUUAAUAUUAUAAGUUGUACUUAGUUGACAAAGAGAAAAAUGUUUAGAAAAAGUUAGUUUUAAUGUAGUAUUUUGUUCUACAUGAAUUUUAAUAUCAAAUAUUGACGAAAAUCUUAAAUAAUACGGUUUUUAUAAACAUGAAUAAUCAAAUUCCACUCAGAAUCGUUUCUAUUAUUAAUAGUUAACCGUUGCGUAUAGAUAUAAAUUAAAUACCCCUCUUUAUUCUACCUUCCCAACUUCUACAACAGUAGUCUGUCCACCGUACGAAGUAUAUCCUUUUGUUCCUUUUUGUUAGAUUAGGUUUAGUAAGUUCAUAAGGUCAUCUUUGACCUUUCACUAGUUUCAUUUUAAAUCAUGGGAAAUACUUAUUUUUACAGAUCCGGUGUUUACGACGAUCCAGAAUGUACAUCAAAUACGGUCAAUCACGCUAUGCUGUUGAUCGGAUACACGAAAAAUGCUUGGAUCUUGAAAAACUGGUGGAGCUCAAAAUGGGGUGACAAUGGCUACAUGUACCUGGCCCGUGGUAGGGACCAAUGCGCAGUGUCCAGUUAUGCUGCGUAUGCCACGAUAUUACCGAGGACUUAGUCACUUAUAUAAAAAUGUAUAAUAGAUGAG